UGAAAUGAUUUAUUUUACACUUAUAAAAAUAUAAGUGCUCAAAUGGGUCUAAAUGAUUUCAAUUUCCGGUGUGGCUGAAAAAAGUGCAAUGAGUUUCAAGCUGAAAUAUGAACUAAUCUAGUUUUAAAUUCUAGAUCAUUAAAAAAAAUGUAGCUACGUAUAUAAUACUCGUAGAAACAACUGUUUAGCUAUUACGCCGGCUUUUUAGUUAUAGUAGAGUACCUAGUAUAACUUAUGUUCGCAGUUUUGUAGGUAUUAUGCUACGAUGCAGAAGAUGCAUUUAAAGUUACACCUUUUUAAAACUGUAACAAUAAAAAGGAUCUCCGAACAGCCUAUGAAAAGACCUUACUCUACCCUGUACUUGUAUUUACUUACAUUGCUGUAGAUAGAGAGAUACAUAGAGCGUCGAGACAUUUAUUGAUAAAACAAUUCACCAUUAACUCCCUGUCUCAUAGCUGAGCAGUUUAGGCGCUUAGUAUUUUAUUUUUUCUUUUAUAAUGGAUGCUACAAUACCUGUUUUUGAAAAGCCCCAUCGACCUUUGACUGUUUUAGACUGGACAAGAAACAUUCAGAGGCUACAAAAUGAAGCGAGGCUUCGUCGAUUUGAGUCUUAUGAGUUGAGAAAUCGAGCCAACCAGUUGAGGAACGAGACUUCGGUAACCACGAGAUGGGAUACCUAUGUUAACAACGAGUUGUUGAGGGAUAGAAUAUGCGAAGUCCAAGCAUGGAGGGAAAAGCAGAGGUUCACAAGAGAAUGCGUAAGAGACGAGAUAAGAGCUUUGAAAGAAGAGAAACAUGCAACUGAACUCCACUUGGAGUCCCUACAAGUUCCCUUUAUGGUGAUAUCUCAGUGUCUCUCUAAUAGAGAUCAGAGAGUGCCUCCAGAGUUGACUAGAGACCAGCUUGGGGAGGAGCUAAAUAAGGAGCUGCACAUCGCAGAAAAUAGCAAGCGUGUCUUAAUGGACGUCUGCCACAUGGGCUGGGAGAAGAUAAAGGAGCUCACCAAUGUGCUCUGCCGCCUGGAGCGCGAGAUCAAGAAUAAAGACGAAACCCUCGACUUGGAGUACCACGUCAAAGACCUGACCAGGGACAGCACUGAUAUUAGUUUCAAGCUGGAUCCUACUAGGGUAGUAACGGAAUCAAUGACAGAAGAGAGUUACGUCCACUGCAUAGAGAACACGAUAAAGAUAGCAGAACAGCUUAUGUCCGAGUCCAAGACUCUUCGAGAGACGAUGUUCAAAAGCCGCGAGCAGGCGAGGAACCAGAUGCAUGCCCAGAGUCAGCAGGUCGAGCUCAUUAUGAGGAGGAGGGUCUUUGACAUACAGAGGGCUAGGAAUGAGAUGGAGUGGCAGAAGUACAAGCUAGAGCAAAAUCUUAAAAAAGUAGACAGGGAGAUUGAAACCCUCCGUGCAGCAGUCGCGGAUAAGAUAAACCCGACAAAACUGGUGGAAACCAGAUUGGAAACCAGGACCAGAAGACCAGUCCUUGAAAGAGUUCAGGAUAAGCCCAUGCGUGGCUUGAUAGAAGAGUUCGAAAGGGUUCACAUGAGUCACAAUAUGCUCGAAAAGAAAUUGGAAGAAGCACUCACAACAUACCACGGCAUGUUCAACCACCACGGGCGCGUAACAAAGGACUUGCAAUACAAGAACCAGGCUCUGGAGACGGACAGGCGCCUCAUAGAGAUCAGGAAGCCAUUGCACUCAUCUGAUGAAACCGAGUUCAAGAGGAAUGUCGGGUAUUGCCAUAUGAGCGAUGAGCUAGUGACCGACUAGUGGGCAACACUUUAUGCAGGAAUUGUUUAGCUGGCAACACUUAAUUCUGUUAUGUUACCUACGAGACCUACCUACUAGACUUAAAAUUAUCGAUGUUUUUUUAGUUUUUGAUGUUGCAUUUUCAUUUCAACUUUUAAGAUGAAUGCUUGAAAAAAAAAUGUGGCUUUUGCACUAGAAUCUAGACACUGAAUCUAGAUUAUUAACACAAUAAUUAUUCAAAAGCGAAGGUUAUAUUUUGUUCUGUUUGGCGCCACUUCAUUCAAUUUUUAAUCUUCACUGCGCAAAAGUUAACUCCAUUUUAAAACUAGUUACUUAAAUGUAAGAAAACUAUAACAUUAUAAUGUAAGCUAUUAGCACAGAUUUAAGUUAUCUCUAGCAUAACUAAUUAUUAAGACUGUCACCAUCAGCGGUCGUGUUCAAAAAAAACAACUACAAUGUUAAAAAAUCUCGUAUUUAUUCAUUUAAUAACAUAACAAGCACUGUUCUGUAAUAUUAUAUUAUACAUUAUAAUAAGAUAUUAUAAAUAAAUAUGUCAUGAUAUUUAUGACGAUACACCUUGGUAUUCGCUAAGCAUUUGAUGUAA